ACUCCAAAGACUUCCGCGCAGAACAAUGUUCCCAAUUCGACGCGGAGCCUUUUGAAAAUAGAUAUUUUACGUGGGUGCCGUACACCAAGGCUGCCAACCCUUGUGAACUGAACUGCAUGCCUCGCGGGGAGCGGUUUUAUUACCGACAUAAACAGGCAGUGAUUGACGGGACGAGGUGCAAUGAUGAAAAACUAGACGUUUGCGUUGAAGGCCAGUGCCUACCUGUUGGCUGUGACAUGUUGCUGGGCUCAACUGCAGUAGAAGACAAAUGCAGAGAAUGUCGUGGUGACGGGAGUGGCUGCAAGACUGUCGAAGAUCUGAUUGACACAGAUGAUCUUCAAGUUGGUUACAAUGACAUCCUUCUGAUCCCUGCAGGAGCAACAAACAUACGUGUUCAUGAACUGAAGGCCUCUAGCAACUACUUAGCAAUCAGAAACGAAAGUGGCCACUAUUAUUUAAAUGGAAACUGGAGGAUUGACUUUCCGAGAAGCCUAAGAUUUGCUGGAACAAUAUUUCACUAUGAGAGAGUCCCACAUGCAUUCUUGGCACCGGAAUCCAUCUCUGCUCUUGGUCCAACAAGGGAGGCUGUUUAUAUUGUGCUUUUAUACCAAGGAACUAAUCCUGGAAUACAUUAUGAAUACAGUAUUCCUAAAGGAGUUUCACAGCCUACAGAUCCAGACACCUACACAUGGAUCCCUGGAGAAUUCUCAGACUGUACUGUGACAUGUGGUGGAGGUUUCCAGGUGCGAAAUGUAUCAUGUAUCAGACGGAAAGAUGGAGUAGUUGUUCCUAAUGAUCUCUGCGAUCCUUCAUUAGAACCCAGAAGGAAUGAAUCUUGUGGUACAGAUCCUUGCUUGCCUGAAUGGUCUGUUGGUGAGUGGGGCAGCUGUAGUGCUACUUGUGGUGGGGGAGUGCAGACAAGGCCAGUUUAUUGUGAAAGAAUAGUUAGCAACAACCUCCCAUCUAUAGUAGAUGAGGAGCAAUGUCUGGAAGUAUUGGGUCCAAAACCUCUCAUGUCACAACCGUGCAAUCAGGAUGUUGUGUGCCCAACAUGGCAUGUUGGCCCUUGGAGACCUUGUGACCGCCUCUGUGGUGAAGGAAGACACAGGAGAAGAGUACGUUGUUACAGAAGAGUUGAUGGAAGAAUUGAAGUAUUGCAUGAUUCAUCCUGUUCUCCUGAUAAACCAGAUGAAGAAAAGCCAUGUUUACUGAGACCAUGUGAGGGUGUUGACUGGAUCUUGUCUGAAUGGUCAGGUUGUGAAAAUAAAUGUGGACUGACAUUUGAGACUCGAGAAGCGCAUUGUGUCAAUGAGGCUGGGGUCAGUUAUCCUGAAAAAUUCUGUCAACCGUACCUGCUAGAAGAACUCAAAAGACCUUGUAAAAGUCCGCGACCUUGUGAUCAUGAGUGGUUUGCCUCACAGUGGAGUGACUGCUCAGCAGAGUGUGGCACUGGCAUUCAGACACGAAAAGUUUUUUGUGGCGCCCUUGACGGUGAUACAGUGAAGCGAGUGGAUAAUGAAAACUGUGACUUGAGUAAAAAAUAUGAAGAGGUUAGAAAUUGCACAGGGAAAGAAGAGUGUCAAGGGCAAUGGUACCAUGGCCCAUGGAGUAAGUGUGAUAAAGAAUGUGGUGGAGGAACUAAAGUAAGACAAGUUCUCUGCUUGGUAGCAAAUGAGACUGCUGAUGUAAACAAAUGUGAUGCAGAUAAAUUCCCAUUUAGAACAGAGUCAUGCAAUAAUCACCAGUGCAGUGAAGAUGAAGUCAUCACUACAGAUGAUGAAGUCUCAUUGGAGGAAGAAUGUGAAGAAGAGGAAGAAAUUUACUUCACUACAGAUACUGUCUUGGAAGCUUCAUCUAUGGGCAAAACUGAAUCACCUAGCAGUGUUAAAGACAUUGCUACAGUGACAUCAGAAGUAGGAGCAGUUAGUGCUGAUGGACUCCCAUCUCAAACCUUUGUGGCAACAAUCAUGUCUGAUAGUGUAGUUAGUGGUUUAUCUUCUGUGAGUACUGUCAGUCUUUCUGAAAGUGCCACAGAUACCAAAGGAUCUCCAGAAUCCAGUUUCUCAACAGCUGCAAUGGCCGAUGAGGAAUUAAUGCUAAGUGAUGCAGCAAGCACCUUUGAAGAUGAAGACACUGCUUAUACAACAGAUGCUUACGAUGAAACGACUGAUGACUUUUCCUCCACUGAUGAAAGCUUCACAGAUGAGCCUCAUAGUCUGCCAGAUACAUCUGGAAGUGAUGGCACUAGCUCUGAAGCCCCUCUUAGCACUUCAGUACCAGAGGCCACUAGUGGGGAGGAUGUUAUGAGUACCGAAACUUACAGUAGCACUGACUCUCAAUCACUUUCCAGUAGUCAAGCACCUGAUACCACAUCAGUUGGGACUACUGCUUCAGAUACUGAUGGAAGCACUAGUUUUGGAACUACUGUUAAUCUUUAUGAAACCAGUGUUGUUCCUGACACAUCUACUUCUGUAGACUCUACCACUGCUGAAAGUAUUACUGAUAGUGGAACAGUAACUGCAGAGAUAACAGGUGGAGAAACUGAAACAGCAGAUGACACAACAGAGAUUUCAGGGCUCAUGACAACAUCUUCAGGAUUAGAAACUGAUACUGUUACUGAAUCAUCUUCCACUGACACUUCCAGCAGCACAGCUAGUGAUGAAAGCAGCAGCACAGCUAGUGAUGAAAGCAGCAGCACAGCUAGUGAUGAAAGCAGUAGCACAGCUAGUUAUGAAAACAGCAGCACACCCACUGUUGAAAGCACAAGUGAAAGCAGUGAUUCAUCUACUGUUUCAUCUGCAAUUAGUUUAGAAGGAAGUAUAACAACUGUGUCAUCAGAUGCAGAGGAAUCCACAAUUCCACAGUUUGAAGGAGAAUUUGAUGCUUCAGCAUUUGCAAAAGCUGAUGACACUAUACCCCAACAAACAACUGAGGGAAGUUCAACAGCAUACAGUGAAGUGACAACAGAUGAACUGUAUUCAUCAUCUUCAGAUAGUUCAUCAUUGAUUCCAUCAUCAACUUCAGAAAGUUCAUUUUCUUCAUUAACCACAGGAAGUUCCUACCCAACAGAAGUUUCAUCUGUUUCCACUUCAGAACCAGAAGUUUCACAGUCCACAGGAAUAUCUACAUCACAAGAAUCAACUGGUACAGAAGUAUUAACAAGCACAGAAAUUUCAAUGACUACUGAAGUAUCAGCCAGCACAGAACCAUCGGAAACUACAGAGGAAACAAUUGCAGAAACUUCCACACCAUGGGAAACUUCCAUGGCAACAACAGUUUCACCAGUUGAAAGAACAUCAGUCAGUUCAGAAACAACAGUUUCAGAAGAGACUGCUUCAUCUGCAACACAAACUAUGAGUACAUCUGUAGCAUCUGAAGAAACAUCAGAAGUUGCUUCUACAACAGCUGAUGAAGUCUUUACUGGAAGCACUGGAAUUUUAGACUACACACCUACAAAAGAAGCAGCAGCAACAACAAAAAAAGAGAGUCUGUGGGAGACAGCAACCACCUUGAGAGAAUUAAUAACAACCAUAAAAUCAAAAGGAAAGAAGUGCCGUAGAACGAAGAAACCAAGAGUAUUAAAAUGUGAAGAAACUAAGUUUGGCUGUUGUGCAGAUGGUAUUACAAAAGCCCAAGGACCGUUCAGCUUGGGUUGCCGACAAUUGAGGACAUGUGGUGAGACAAAGUAUGGCUGCUGCCCAGAUGAAGUAUCUCCAGCUAAAGGUCCACACUGGGAUGGUUGUCCACCUUCACUUUGUGCAGAAACUUUGUUUGGAUGUUGUCCUGACAAUGUUAGCAUAGCAGAAGGAAAUGAUUUUGAAGGUUGUCCUGAUGAAGAACCACCCUGUGAUUAUAAAACAUCUGAGUUUGGUUGCUGUCCUGAUGGGAUUACAAAGGCCUUGGGACCAAACAAUGCUGGCUGCUUUGAAUGUGAAGGUUCUGGUGAAUGCACAUGUGCUGAUACAAAAUUUGGUUGCUGUCCUGAUGGUGUUAGGGCUGCAACUGGGCCUAAUAAUACUGGCUGCUACGAUGAUGAAUUUGAAGGGUCUGGUGUUACAACACCAUUGUUGAACGCAACAGAGGCUGAGCUUGACUGCACUGCUUCUGAGCACGGAUGUUGUCCAGAUGGUUACCUACCAGCUACAGGUCCUUACUUUGAGGGAUGUGGUGUUAUUAACUCAGAAAACUGCACUGCAUCAUAUUUUGGAUGUUGCCCCGAUCAAAUAAAUCCAGCUUUAGGACCAGACUACAUUGGGUGUCGAAUGCCAUGUGAAAGUGAAAAGUAUGGUUGCUGCAGAGAUGGUAUAACACCAGCUCAUGGACCAAAUGAGGAAGGUUGUUGCCUGAAUUCAGAGUUUGGCUGCUGUCCAGACAAUGUAUUGCCAGCACAAGGUCCAAACCUGGAAGGCUGUGGUUGUGAGUACACUCGCUAUCGGUGCUGCCCGGACAACAAGACUGCUGCACGGGGACCUGGUAAUGAGGGCUGUGGCUGCAAGUAUACCAAGCAUGGUUGCUGCCCAAAUAAUUACACUCCUGCUGCCGGACCAAACUAUGAGGGUUGCCCGUGUCACACAUUCCAGUUUGGCUGCUGCCCUGAUGGCAUAACAAUAGCUAGAGGCUUGCAUAAUCAAGGUUGCGGGUGUGAAAACACAGAAUUUGGUUGCUGCUCAGAUGAUAAGACCCCAGCAGCUGGUCCAAACAAAGAAGGCUGUGGAUGUGAAGCUUCAAAGUAUGGCUGUUGUCCUGAUGGGGUGUCAGAAGCUGAAGGAGAAAAGUUUGAGGGAUGUGAAGAUGCACCCAUUAUUGCCUCAGAAAUCUGUACAUUACCAAAGUCCCGAGGCUCAUGUCGAGAUUUUACUGUCAAGUGGUUCUUUGACACUGAAUAUGGAGGUUGUUCACGGUUUUGGUAUGGUGGCUGUGAAGGCAAUGACAACAGAUUCAAAACACAAGAAGAAUGCAAGAAUAUCUGUGUUGAACCUCCUGGAAGAGAAGCAUGUUACCUACCUAAGAUAGCAGGUCCAUGUGAAGGCUACUAUCCAACUUGGUAUUAUGAUUCUGAAAGAAAGCAGUGUGGUCAGUUCAUUUAUGGAGGUUGUUUGGGUAACAACAACAAAUUCCAAACUCAAGAGGAAUGUGAGGCACUUUGUGUGCUCCCUGAUACCAUUGAUGCAUGUGAGCAACCAAAAGACGAAGGUCCGUGUAAGGGUAAUUACCGAAGGUGGUUCUUCAACAGAGAAGAUGGUGUUUGUGAAGAAUUUGCAUAUGGUGGCUGUAAAGGAAACAGAAAUAACUUCCUCACUGAAGCAGCUUGUCAUCAACAGUGUUUGCAACCUGGGCGAAGUAGGGUAAUGGAUAUUUGUGCUCUUCCGAAGGAUAUGGGUCCGUGCCUAGGUGCUAUGUUGCGUUGGCAUUAUGAUGCUGAACAGAAAAGAUGUCAGCAGUUUGUUUAUGGUGGUUGCCAAGGCAAUGGAAACAGGUUUAAGACUGAAGCCGAAUGCAAGUCUAAGUGUGAAGUCUCUGACAUAAUGAGAGAGCAAGACAUCUGUACUCUUAAACCUAGUGUUGGUGGUCAAUGCUACAAUUAUACUGAACGGUGGUAUUAUGACUCUUAUGAGGUGCGCUGCAGGCCAUUUUAUUACAAUGGGUGUGGAGGAAAUGAAAACAAUUUUCUGACACUACAAGAUUGUGAAAAUCGUUGUGAGAAGCGGAUUCUUACCUCUGUACCUGCUGCAGAAUUCAGAAAAGAAAGCUGUUUCCUCCCUGAUGAACAUGGGCCUUGCUCUGAAAGUAUGGCAAAGUGGUUUUAUGAUAGCCGGGAUGGUGUGUGUAAACAGUUUCUGUACGGAGGCUGUGAAGGGAAUGACAACCGUUUCUCCAGUCAACAGGAGUGUGAAGAGAAAUGUGGUGAUGUACAAGAUAUUUGCAAUCUUCCUAGGGUUGUUGGACCCUGCAGUGGAAGCAUUCCUCAGUGGUAUUAUGAUAGAAUGACUGAUUCAUGCUAUGAAUUUGACUAUGGUGGAUGCCAAGGCAACAAAAAUAAAUUUGAUGACAAACAGCAGUGUGAACAGUACUGUAAGAGGUAUCACUUUACAACUUCUGCCCCUGAUGUGAGCGCUUUGCUACUAACCACCCAGGAUGAUAGGAUGAAUGAGAUAGAAAGCACAGAUAUCUGCAGUGCACCAGUAGAUCCUGGUCCCUGUCAAGACUCAGUUGUGUCAUGGUAUUAUGACGAGCGCUCUGGAAGAUGUGGAUCAUUUGCAUAUGGUGGUUGUGGAGGAAAUGCCAACAGAUUCCAAUCAGAAGAACAGUGUGAGAGGCAGUGUGGAGCAUUUAAAGGACAAGAUGUUUGUAACAUCCCAUUUGAUCCUGGGUAUUGCCAAGAUGCACUGCAAAAAUGGUACUAUGAUGGAACUUCUCGAAGCUGCACACAGUUUAGUUACACAGGCUGUGGUGGAAGUGGAAAUCGUUUCAGUAGCCAAGAAGAAUGUGAAUCUGUUUGUUUACAGUAUCAGGAAGUUCCUCCACGUGGCAAUGACACUGCUCUUUCCAGACAAGAAAUUGAAGAUAAACCAGAAGAAAAAGUUGAUUGCACAUCUGCCAAAGAGAAUUGCAGUCUGUUGCAAUGCCCUUAUGGGAUUGAAAGAUUUGUCAAUGCAGAUAGCUGUGAAAUAUGUCAGUGUCAUGAGCCAUGCAAAGACCAUAUUUGUCCAGAUGGAACUAGGUGUGCUGUUGACCUUUAUCAAAAUACUGAGACAGAUGACACUGAAUUUAGAGCUGUUUGUAGACCAGUGAAUAAGCCAGGGGAAUGUCCUAAACUAGUGGAAGCAAAUGAAAAUUGUAUACAAGAGUGUCAAUUAGAUGCAGACUGCACAGACAUACGUAAAUGUUGUUUCAGUGGUUGUGGUUCUUCAUGCCUGAAUCCUGUUUAUCCUGGGCAACUUUUAACAACAGAAAGACCAGUUGUGCAACCACAACCACAGCCACCUUAUGGAGAUUAUGAUGAACCACCUAGUAUUGAUCUCACUGACAGUGACGUUCAAGCUGAAGAGGGAUCAUAUGCGACACUAAAAUGUAUUGCUCAAGGUCGUCCAACACCACGUAUUGUCUGGAGGAAAGGCACUUCUACAAUUGAUGGAUCGAGUGGGCGAUACAGACUGUUGUUGGAUGGAUCUUUGCAGAUUAUAGGUCUGUAUCGUUCUGAUGCAGGUGUCUACAUCUGCACUGCUGACAAUGGCAUAGGCCAACCAGCUCAGAAGGAAACUCAUCUAAAAGUGACAGAUCCUCAUCCACGGCCAGCUGAGAUAAUUGGUGAAGACAGUACAUACGUAGUGGUGACAUUGGGAGCUCCUACUUCUCUCCACUGUUAUGCUGUUGGCUGGCCCAGGCCCUCUGUAACCUGGUGGCGUGGUGAACGCUUGCUGCCUCUCAGUUCAGAGCAGUAUGAGCAACGGCGUGACUACUCCUUGUUUAUCAGAUCUGUUGCCUUGAGACAACUAGGGCCUUACACAUGUCAGGCUUACAAUGGCCAAGGAAAAGCAACAUCAUGGACUGUCACUGUACAAGCUAUUGGUCCUGUUUACAGUAAUAACCCUAUUGACAGAGAUUACUUCCAGUACCUUGUAUCUGCACCUAGAAGGGCACCCGAAAGGAAUAAGACAGCAAGUUCCCAAACUAGACCUUCAUAUCCAUACCGACCUGUUCGUCCACCUUACAGACCAAGACCUGCAACAACUCAGACAAUACCUAUUAUGACAAUGACUACAACCACCACUACUACCACUCCUCAACCAGUUGAAGAACGAGAGGAUGAAAAUGUCCUGGUACCGGAGCAGCCUAGGGUAUUUGUAGUGCCUGUGCAAGUAAAUGUAACAGUAGACCGAACAGUUUAUCCUGUUGGGAGUGAAAUAUCCAUUGCCUGUGAUGUUGAUGGGUAUCCCAUCCCACAGGUUCAGUGGUUUAAGGAUGACAAUCCUCUCCAAGUUGGAAACAGAAUUCAAGUUUCAGAAAGUCACAGACUGCUGAUAUCAAGAGCUGAGGGAACAGACUCUGGCACAUAUCGAUGUGCAGCAUCAAAUCCAUACAGUGCCUCAUCUAGUGCUGUCUCAGUUGUUGUUGAAGGGAUAUACAUCCAUCCAAACUGUACAGAUAAUCCAUUCUUCGCCAAUUGUAGUCUGAUUGUGAAGGGUCAAUAUUGUACACAUAAGUACUACGCUCACUUCUGCUGCAAAUCUUGCACUUUAGCUGGCCAGUUGCCAUCAUAUGGCCCUCAUCUUGAAAGAACAGGUACAAGCAGAAUUGAUGGCAGAAGAAAAUAAUAUAUGCAGCUAGUCACAUCGCCAAACAAUCACAGUGACGGAAAAUAAACAGUAGACUAAUAUCUGUGUAUUGUGUUCCUCUAGUGUUAAAAGUGGUCCUACAUUUGUUUUGAUGUCACUGUGUACAGUAACAAUUUCAUUAUUACUGUAAUUAUUGUGAUAAAUUCUUGACACAUUUGUGAAUCCAGAAUUUCAGUGCUCAUUGAUUGCUAUAAAACUCUGAUUUUAUAUGACCUUUUCCAUGUUAGGGACAAAAGAAAGCAUGCUAUACCUCCAUGAUCUGCUUCUGUUACAGUAUGACUCUCACUAUAGAUUUGAAGGGUAAUGUGUGAAGAUUAAGAAUAUGUACAUGAUAUCAAAUAAUCAUGGAAAACAUUGUGGUAGAUUUAUCUGGAAAUAAAAUAAUUUGUUAGUAGAGUUUGUAUGUUCACAUUAACUGUUCCCAAAAAAAAAAAAAAAAAAAAAAAAUCAAAA